AUGUCGCUGAGGGCACUGGGGUGGCCCGGCUGCCGGACGGUCAUCGCAAGCCGGAACCUGCAGCGAGUGUCAGAGGUGGAUGAGGCACUGAAAGAGUUCCAGCACAUUGACAUCCUCGUUAACAGUGCUGCGGGAAACUUUCUGUGCCCAGCCAGCGCCCUGUCCUUCAACGCCUUCAAGACUGUGAUAGAUAUCGACACCAUCGGCACCUUCAACACCUCCAAAGUCCUCUUUGAGAAAUAUUUCCGGGACCACGGUGGGGUCAUCGUUAACAUCACGGCAACCCUGAGCUACCGAGGGCAGGCCCUCCAGGUGCAUGCUGGUACUGCUAAGGCUGCCAUAGAUGCCAUGACCCGUCACCUUGCUGUGGAGUGGGGACCCAACAACAUCCGAGUGAACAGCUUGGCGCCGGGCCCCAUUACAGGCACCGAGGGCUACCGGCGGCUGGGUGGGAAAUUUGCCGAGGAAUCAAGCCAGUUCGACACGAUCCCCCUCCACCGCGCAGGAAACAAGACGGAGAUCGCCCACAGCACGCUGUACCUGGCGAGCCCCCUCUCCUCCUACGUGACGGGCACCACCCUGGUCGUGGAUGGCGGGAGCUGGCUGACCUCUGCCAACAACUUCCCCGCCUUGCUGGAUUUCUGGGCAGCAGGAGCAAACAAAAAUCAGUGA